CCAUGACAGUAAACACUACGGCAGCGACUGGUUAACAGAGCUGACCACACAGUCAUGAUCUCUCAGACUUUCUGCAGAAAUAGUUAUAGAAAUGGUUUGAAUAGUUAGAGUUGUGUACCAUAAACUUUAUUCAUAACGGAAAUCAGUGAGAUUUUGUGCACGCGCUGAAUGAUCAGAAGAGGCUGAGCGCGCGGCUCGGAGGACUCUUCCCUGAGUGAGCGCGCCUUUCCCGGGGAGGCCUGGACACUCGAGUCCGGGGAUUUAGUCACGGCCUAGUGUAAACACAGCUCAGGCAAAGAGCUUCUUCUUUCAUUAUUUUCUGGAUGUAAAAAGUACACAACACACUGACUGAAGAUGCACUGCUGAGUGCUCUGCGUGCUGAUUGGCUGAGUGCUCUGCGUGCUGAUUGGGUGAUUGUUGUCCAGGAUGUCCGACUCGGACAGUGACGAGGAUCAGGACCGUCCCUUCCACCUGACCGGCUUCCUGUUCGGAAACAUUAAUGAGGAUGGACAGCUGGAGGACGACAGCGUCCUGGACACGGAGAGUAAGAAGCACUUGGCGGGUCUGGGCUCUCUUGGUCUAGGCGCACUCAUUACAGAGAUCACCGCCACUGAGGAGGACGCCGAGCAGAGCACUGACGCAGACGGCUGGGUGAAGAGCACUGACGAUGCAGUGGAUUAUUCAGACAUCAGUGAAGUCGCCGAGGAUGAAUCCCGAAAAUACAAACAAGCCAUGAGUAGCAUGCAGCUGUCACACAGAACAGAUGAUGAGGAUGAUUAUGAUGCUGACUCUGAGGACAUUGACGCGAAGCUCAUGCCCCCGCCCCCUCCACCGAUCCAGCCAAUCAUAGCUAAGAAAGAAGACCCACCCACUCAGAGCCCCAGUGUGAGUGAUGAAGGGGACGGUAUUAUUCUUCCCUCCAUCAUCGCUCCCUCCUCUGUCGGGGAGAAGGCGGAGUUUAGCAGCUCCUCAGACAGCGAGAGUGAGUGUGAUAGGGUGACACCCACAGGAGGGGUGGGGCUUCAGUCCAGCCUCACACUCCCAUUGGCUGGAAUCAUGCAGAAGGACACUGCUAAAGCCCUGCCUCAAGUAACUGAACUGUUCCCCGAGUUCAGACCGGGCCAGGUUCUGCGGUUCCUGCGUUUGUUCGGACCCGGUAAGAACAUGCCGUCAGUGUGGCGCAGCGCUCGGAGGAAGAGGAAGAAGAAACACAAAGAUGCGCACUCAGACACGCCCACUGUUGACGGCGAAUCACAUGCUCCGGAGGGCGGAGAUGAGAAGAAAUCUGGAUGGGAUUAUGAAUAUGCCCCGCCCCCUCCUCCAGAGCAGUGCCUGUCUGAUGAUGAGAUCUCCAUGAUGGCGCCGGUGGAGUGUAAGGGUGUGUCGGUGGUGUGUGAGGGCGAGGGUGUGUGUGAGUCGAGGCCGCGUGUAGCCGAGUGGCGCUACGGUCCGGCUCAGCUGUGGUACGACAUGCUGGGUGUGCCUGAGGACGGGGCGGGGUUUCACUACGGCCUCAUACUGCGCCAGGACAGCACUGACACACACACUGAAACACACAUUGACACACACACAGAAGCACCUGCUGAAACACUCGCUGACACCCACGCAGACACACACACACUUGGUGCUGAGCAGAGCAGCGAACAGGACAAGGAGCAGUCUGAGCUGGAGGACGAGCUCUUCCUCAUGGUCACACAGCUGCAGUGGGAGGACGAUAUCAUCUGGAAUGGAGAGGACGUGAAACACAAGGGCACUAAGACCCAGAGGGCCAGUCUGGCAGGGUGGCUUCCCUCCAGCAUGACACGCAAUGCUAAUGCUUACAACGCACAACAGGGUCUGAGUCGCAGUAAUUCCCAGCUGAUACCCCCAACUCCGCCCCCCAUUCCCAAAACUCCCUCUAUAACGGGCUCUAAACGCGACAAGCACAGUCAGGACGUUUCCCACGAGGGUGAUUCUCUGUGGUACUCGAUUUUCCCGAUCGAUAACGAGGAGCUGGUGUACGGACGAUGGGAAGACAACAUCAUCUGGGACGAUCAGAAUAUGGAGCGUCUGCUGUCUCCUCCUGUCCUGACCCUCGACCCCAACGAUGAGAACAUCAUACUGGAGAUCCCCAGUGAGAAGGAGGAGAGAACAUCUCACUCUCCAUCUAAAGAGAACAAGAAGGAGUCUUCUCUGAAAAAGAGCCGCAUUCUGCUCGGGAAAACGGGCGUCAUUAAAGAGGAACCACAACAGAACAUGUCCCAGCCGGAAGUUAAAGACCCAUGGAAUCUGUCCAAUGAUGAGUUCUACUACCCCAAACAGCAGGGGCUGAGGGGCACGUUUGGGGGUAACAUCAUUCAGCACUCCAUCCCAGCAUUGGAGUUGAGGCAGCCGUUUUUCCCGACCCACAUGGGCCCGAUGAAGCUGCGUCAGUUCCACCGUCCCUCACUCAAGAAGUACUCAUUUGGUUCUCUGUCUCAGCCUGGACCUCACUCAGUGCAGCCCCUCCUCAAACACAUCAAGAAGAAGGCCAAGAUGAGGGAGCAGGAGCGACAGGCCUCAGGGGGCGGGGACAUGUUCUUCAUGCGCACCAAUCAGGAUCUGACCGGUAAAGAUGGAGAUCUGAUUCUGGCAGAGUACAGUGAGGAGUACCCGCCCCUCAUGCUGCAGGUUGGCAUGGCAACCAAGAUCAAAAACUACUACAAGAGGAAGCCUGGUAAAGACCCCGGUGCUCCGGACUAUAAGUAUGGAGAGACUGUGUACUGCCACACAUCUCCUUUCCUGGGAUCACUCCAUCCUGGACAACUGCUGCAGGCGUUUGAGAAUAACCUGUUCCGAGCUCCUAUAUACCUGCACAAGAUGCCAGAGACGGAUUUCCUGAUUCUCCGGACGCGUCAGGGUUACUUCAUCCGCGAGGUGUUGGACAUAUUUGUAGUGGGACAGGAGUGUCCUCUGUACGAAGUGCCUGGACCCAACUCCAAACGGGCCAACACACACAUCCGGGACUUCCUACAGGUAUUCAUCUAUCGCUUGUUCUGGAAGAGUAAGGAUCGGCCGAGGCGGAUUCGGAUGGAGGACAUAAAGAAGGCAUUUCCCUCUCACUCCGAGAGCAGCAUCCGCAAACGCCUCAAACUCUGUGCAGACUUCAAACGCACCGGGAUGGACUCGAACUGGUGGGUGUUGAAGCCGGACUUCCGGCUGCCUACAGAGGAGGAGAUCAGGGCCAUGGUGUCUCCUGAGCAGUGCUGCUCUUAUUACAGCAUGCUGGUAGCAGAGCAGAGGCUCAAGGAUGCGGGUUAUGGUGAGAAGUCCUUCUUUGCUCCAGAGGAAGAAAAUGAAGAAGACUUCCAGAUGAAGAUCGACGAUGAGGUGCGCACAGCUCCAUGGAACACCACCCGUGCGUUUAUCGCGGCGAUGAAAGGGAAGUGUCUGCUGGAGGUCACCGGAGUCGCAGAUCCCACCGGAUGUGGAGAGGGAUUCAGCUACGUCAAAGUACCCAACAAACCCUCACAGCAAAAGGAUGAGCGAGAGCCUCAGCCUGUGAAGAAGACUGUAACAGGAACAGACGCUGAUCUGAGACGCCUUUCUCUCAAAAACGCCAAACAGCUCCUGCGUAAGUUCGGCGUCCCCGAGGAGGAGAUUAAGAAGCUGUCCCGUUGGGAGGUGAUUGACGUGGUGCGCACCAUGUCGACGGAGCAGGCGCGUUCAGGAGAGACACCGAUGAGUAAAUUCGCCCGCGGGUCACGGUUCUCCGUCGCCGAACAUCAGGAGCGAUACAAAGAGGAAUGUCAGCGCAUAUUCGACCUGCAGAACAAGGUGUUGGAGAGUACGGAGGUGUUGUCCACAGACACUGACAGCAGUUCUGCAGAGGACAGUGAUUUUGAGGAGAUGGGGAAGAACAUUGAGAACAUGCUGCAGAAUAAGAAGACGAGUUCUCAGCUGAGCCGUGAGCGAGAGGAGGAGGAGAGGAAGGAGCUGCAGCGCAUGCUGAUGGGGGACGAGGGGAUGGAGCGAGACAAGGGCAGGAAGGACCGACGCAAAGGCCUCUCGAGCGCUCAGUCCACCGGCUCUCAUAAAGACGAUGACGCGUCCUCGGUGACGAGUCUGAACUCCUCGGCGACGGGGCGGCGGCUGAAGAUCUACCGCACCUUCCGUGACGAGGACGGUAAAGAAUACGUGCGCUGUGAGACGGUCCGCAAACCGUCUGUCAUCGACGCGUACACGCGCAUCCGCUCCACCAAGGACGACGACUUCAUUCGUAAGUUUGCCCUGUUUGAUGAGCAGCACAGGGAGGAGAUGCGUAAAGAGCGCAGACGCAUUCAGGAGCAGCUCCGCAGAUUAAAACGCAAUCAGGAGAAGGACAAGUUCAGAGGACCUCCUGAGAAACGACCCAAAAAGGCCAAGGAGAGACCUGACCUCAAGCUGAAAUGUGGUGCGUGCGGUGCGAUUGGUCACAUGAGGACCAAUAAGUUUUGCCCGUUGUACUAUCAGACGAAUGCCCCGCCCAGUAAUCCUGUUGCCAUGACCGAGGAACAGGAGGAGGAGCUUGAGAAGACGGUCAUUCACAACGAUAACGAAGAGCUAAUUAAAGUGGAGGGAACUAAGAUUGUCCUGGGCAAACAGCUCAUCGAGAGUGCGGAUGAGGUGAGGAGGAAGUCUCUGGUGUUGAAGUUCCCUAAACAGCAGCUUCCUCCCAAAAAGAAGCGACGCGUCGGCAGCACAGUCCACUGUGACUACCUCAACCGUCCUCACAAGUCGAUCCACCGCAGGAGGACGGACCCGAUGGUCACUCUGUCCUCCAUCCUGGAGAGCAUCAUCAACGACAUGAGAGACCACCCCAAUACGUACCCGUUCCACACACCGGUGAACAGUAAGCUGGUGAAGGAUUAUUAUAAGAUCAUCACUCGGCCGAUGGACCUGCAGACACUGCGUGAGAACGUGAGGAAGCGUCUGUACCCAUCCCGAGAGGAGUUCAGAGAGAGCGUGGAGCUCAUCGUCAAAAACAGUGCCACGUACAACGGAGCGAAACAUCCUCUGACGCAGGUGGCUCAGUCCAUGCUGGACCUCUGUGAUGAGAAACUGAAAGAGAAGGAGGAGCGUCUGGUACGCCUGGAGAAGGCGAUUAACCCGCUGUUGGAUGAUGAUGAUCAGGUCGCCUUCUCCUUCAUCCUCGACAACAUCGUCACUCAGAAGAUGAUGGCCGUGCCUGAGUCAUGGCCGUUUCAUCAUCCUGUGAAUAAGAAGUUUGUUCCUGAUUAUUAUAAAGUCAUCAUGAACCCCAUGGACCUGGAGAACCUCCGCAAGAACAUCUCCAAACACAAGUAUCAGAAUCGGGAGAUUUUCCUGUCAGAUGUUAAUCUAAUCCACACCAACAGUGUCAAGUAUAACGGUCCUGACAGCUCUUACACUAAGACAGCUCUGGAGAUCGUCAACGUGUGCAAGCAGACUUUAGCAGAGUAUGAUGAGCACCUGACUCAGUUGGAGAAGGAUAUCUGUACAGCUAAAGAAGCUGCUCUGGAUGCUGCUGACCUCGAGAGUCUGGAUCCACUCACCCCUGGACCAUACACUCCUCAGGGUGAUGUUAGCCUUUUAGCCGAGGCUACGCUAGUUCCUCCCGCUCCUCAGAAACGAGGGGGGCAGGGUCGUGGGCGGGGCCGAAUGGGAGAGGAGGAGUCUGAUGUUGAUAUUGAAGGAUUUGAAGAUGACGAUGAUGGUAAACCCAAAACACCUGCUCCGGCUGAGGAAGGAGACCUGGAUGAUGAAGAUGAGGACGAUGAGAUGUUGUUGCCGGGGCGUGGCCAUCUGGAGGAUGAGGAGGAUGAGGAUGAUGAAGGCUCGAGCAGGCCGGUGCAGUCCAGUGUCCUCUACCAGGACCUGCUGAUGUCUGAGGGAGAGGACGAGUGCAGCGACGAGGAGGGAGACAACCCCUUCUCCUCCAUCCACCUAUCAGAGAGUGGGAGUGACAGUGAUCGGGAGGCGGGGCAUCAGGACUCCACCCGCAUGGGCAUGGAGCAUGAGGAGAGCAUGAUGUCAUUUGAUGGGGAGGGGCCUGACGAUGAUGACACACACAUGGAGGACAGCAACGUCAGUUAUGGCAGCUAUUAUGAUGGAGAGAGCCGUCACCAGGGGCG